AUGGGCAUGGGGUUUUCGGGACGUUGCCUCCUGUCCCUGCACAGCAACUGGGCUGGCUUCGCCACAGCAGGGCUCCUCAUCUACCUGGUGUGCCUCUGUGACCUGGCUGCUUCCCAGCGGGCUCCCAUCCGCCUGUCAGAUGGCCCGCACCGCUGUGCCGGCAGGGUCGAGGUCUUCUAUGAGAACCAGUGGGGAACGGUGUGCGAUGACCAUUGGGACCUGAAGGAUGCUGGUGUGGUGUGCCGGCAGCUGGGCUGCGGUGUGGCGCUGUCAGCCACCAGGGCCGGGCAUUUCAGGGCAGGGUCCGGUCGCAUCUGGCUGGAUGAUGUGAAUUGCACGGGGACGGAGGUCGCCCUGUCUUACUGCAGGACGAAGGGCUGGGGAAAGAACAACUGCCACCACGGCGAAGAUGCUGGCGUGGUGUGCUCAGACUCAUCCAGAUACCCUAGGUCCAUCCACAUUGGUCCUACAGAGCUCCGCCUGGUAAACGGCCCGAACCCCUGCUCUGGAAGAGUAGAGGUGAUGCAUGACAACCAGUGGGGAACCGUGUGUGAUGACGACUGGAGCUUUCCCAAUGCCAGAGUGGUGUGCCGGCAGCUGGGCUGCGGGAUGGCGGUGUCAGCCUAUGGCACAGCUCACUUUGGCCAGGGCUCGGGCCGCAUUUGGCUGGACAACGUUCAGUGCAGAGGGACUGAAGCUGCCCUGUCCGAAUGCCUGGCCAGUCCUUGGGGUGCCAACAACUGUGACCAUACAGAAGAUGCCAGCGUUGUAUGCACAGCCACCAGCACACCAGCUCAUCUGCGCCUGGAGAAUGGCCCCAACCGCUGUGCAGGACGCGUGGAGGUGCUCCACAACCAUCAGUGGGGGACGGUGUGCGACAACGGCUGGAGCAUGGCCGAGGCGGUGGUGGUCUGCCGGCAGCUGGGCUGCGGGACGGCCACUUCAGCCCCAGGCUCGGCUCACUUCGGGCAAGGGUCUGGCCGCAUCUGGCUGGAUAACGUGAACUGCACGGGGAGAGAAGCUGCCCUCUCUGAAUGCCAGACCAGGCCAUGGGGAUCCAACAGCUGUGACCACCAGAAAGAUGCUGGUGUGGUGUGCUCAGACACUUCAGAGCAGCGCCCACUGCGGCUGGUGAACGGCUCGAACAGCUGCCUGGGGAGAGUCGAGGUCUUUCACGACCAGAAGUGGGGGACCGUGUGUGACGACACCUGGGACCUCCAAGAUGCUGCCGUCGUGUGCAGGCAGCUGGGCUGCGGGAUGGUGCUGUCAGCACCGGGCUCAGCUCAUUUCGGGCCAGGGGCAGAUCCCAUCUGGCUGGAUAACAUUCACUGCACUGGGACCGAGUCCACGCUCACUGAGUGUGAGCUGAACAACUGGGGAGAGCACAACUGUGCCCACAGCGAGGAUGCUGGUGUGGUGUGCUCAGGCACAAACCCCUUGCAGGUGCGGGUGAAAAAUGGUCCUGGUCCCUGCGCGGGACAGGUGGAAGUGCUCUAUGAAGCUACCUGGCACGGGGUGUGCAGCACUGGCUGGAGCCUGCUGGAAGCCGGGGUGGUCUGCAGGCAGCUGGGCUGCGGGCCAGCCUUGUCGGCGCCAAUCGGAGCCCGGCAAAGCCGGGGGGACGGCCAUGCCUUGCUGGAAGGGCUGAGCUGCCGGGGGACUGAGUCGCUGCUCCUGGAGUGCCAGCAGAGAGAGAUGGGUCUGGGGCCGUGCAAGCAGGGCUCGGCAGCCGCUGUGGUGUGUACAGAGCAGAAAGAUGUCAUACAGUCCUGCUCGGUGCUGGCAGGCCUCCUCGGCAUGGGGGCAAUGCUCUGCGGGACCCUGUUGGUCCUGUACCUCUGGACAAGGUAUGGAAGAUGGGCUGGACGCUCCCCAGGCGCAGCCGCUGAGAGCCCAGGGGGGUUCCUUCGCCUGGUGGGUGGCCCUGGCCGCUGUGCCGGGCGGGUGGAGGUGCUCUACAACGGAACGUGGGGCACAGUGUGCGACGAUGGCUGGGGUUCCCCCGAGGGCCGAGUCGUGUGCCAGCAGUUGGGCUGCGGGACAUUGCUGUCGGUGGCACCAGGAGCUCGGUACGGAGAAGGGACAGGACAGAUCUGGUUGGAUGAGGUCAACUGCACUGGGGAGGAAAGGAAUCUCUCUGAAUGCCAAGCCAAGCCAUGGGGGAAACACAACUGUAACCAUGUGGAGGACGCCAGCGUUGAGUGCUCAGGUAGCCCGGGACAGCAGCCCCUCCAGCUGCUCAACGGCCCCAAUCGCUGCGCCGGGAGGGUGGAGGUGCUCCACCACCAGAUGUGGGGGACAGUCUGUGACGACGGCUGGGACCUGGUGGACGCAACAGUGGUCUGCCGGCAGCUGGGCUGUGGCACAGCACUGUCGGCCACCAGAGGGGCUCAUUUUGGAAGGGGCCACGAUCCCAUCUGGUUGGAUGAGGUGAACUGCACUGGCACCGAGGACACCCUCUUUGACUGCCGGGCCAACGCGUGGGGAGACAACAACUGCUUCCAUGGGGAGGAUGCUGGAGUGAUAUGUUCAGGGGUGUCCAUGGCCACCGAGCUCCGCCUGGCCAACGGUUCGACGCGCUGCGAAGGCAGGGUGGAGAUCACUCACGACGGCACCUGGGCAGCCCUGUGUGAUGAGGGCUGGGGUCUGGCCGAAGCUCGAGUGGUGUGCAGGCAGCUGGGCUGUGGGAGAGCGCUGUUGGCACCUGGCGGGUCGCAUUUUGGGCAAGGACCCAGGCAAAUGUGGCCUGACAGCGUGAGCUGCAUGGGUAACUCGGAGGGCGACCAGGUCCGGCUGGUGAACUAUGGCAGCCGCUGCGCUGGCAGGGUCGAGAUCUUCCAUAACAAGCAGUGGGGGACCGUGUGUGAUGACAACUGGGACCUGCUGGAUGCUGAGGUUGUCUGCCGGCAGCUGGAUUGUGGACGAGCACUGUCGGCCCCCAGGGGGGGUCAGUUCGGGCGCGGGAAUGGCGUCAUCUGGAUGGACGAGACGAAUUGCACAGGGAGGGAGAGCACAUUGUCCGCCUGCCGGGCCCGGCCGUGGGGCAUCAAUAAUUGCUACCACGGGGAAGAUGCUGGUGUGGUUUGCUCAGGUGACCAAUGCUCCUUCGGCAUUGCUCCACGCAAGCCCGUUCAUCUGCGGCUGGCAAACGGCUCGCACCGCUGUGCAGGCAGAGUUGAGGUGCUUCACCAGGAGGAGUGGGGAGCCAUCUGUGACCAUGGCUGGGAUAAGCAGGACGCCGAGGUCGUGUGCCGGCAGCUGGGCUGCGGGAUGGCACUGCCAGCAUUGGAGGGAGCGGAUUUCGGCUCCGGACCCCCACGCAUCUGGCUGGACAACGUGAACUGCCAGGGGACAGAGCCAGCCCUUACAAAAUGCCAGGCAAGCCCGUGGGGAGAAAGCAGCUGCAGCCACGGAAAGCACGCCAGCGUGGUAUGCUCAGGCUCGGCUGCUUCCAGCUUCACCCCAAUCCGGCUGGUGGAUGGCCCAGGUCGCUGCGCUGGGAGGGUCGAGGUGUUUCACGAUGAGAAAUGGGGGACAGUGUGCGAUGACAGCUGGGACUUUGCGGAUGCCAAAGUGGUGUGCCAGCAGCUGGACUGUGGGAAGGUGGUAUCGGCUCCGCGGCGGGCUCACUUCGGGGAGGGACAGGGACCCAUCUGGCUGGACGACGUGCACUGCAUGGGGACCGAGGCAGCCCUCUCCGAAUGCAGAACCAAGGCCUGGGGUGUCCAUGGAUGUGAGCAUGGUGAAGAUGCCAGCGUGGUGUGCUCAGGAUCGGGCAUUUCUGACCUCGGAAACCUCCGCCUGGUAAACGGCUCAGACCCAUGCUCUGGCAAAGUUGAAGUGUUUCAUGAUCAGCGCUGGGGGGGCAUCUGCACCGACGGAUGGGACCUGGCUGAAGCCCAUGUGGUGUGUCAGCAGCUGGGCUGUGGGGAGGCGCGCUCGGCCGUGGGGUCUACCCAGUUUGGGACAGGAGAUGGCCUGAUCUGGGUGGAUGCUGUGGAGUGCACCGGGACAGAGAGGGCCCUCUUCGAAUGCAAGGUCAAGUUCUGGGGCGCUGAGAGCUGCAAGUCGAGUGGGCAUGCAAGCGUCUCAUGCUCUGUGGCCGCAGAAGCCCUGCGGCUGGUGAAUGGCCCGCACCCCUGCGCCGGGAGGGUGGAGGUCUUUCACAGCCAGCAGUGGGGGACCGUCUGUGACGAUGGCUGGGACCUGAAUGAUGCAGCUGUGGUGUGCCGGCAGCUGGGCUGCGGGAUGGCCGUGUCAGCCCCAGGUUUAUCUGGUUUUGGGCAAGGAUCUGGCCCCAUCUGGCUAGAUGGGGUGAGUUGCCUCGGGACAGAAGCCACCCUUGCUGAAUGCCCAGUCAAGCCUUGGGGACACCAUACAUGUAACCACGUUGAAGACGCUAGCGUUGUGUGCUCAGGCUCGGGAAUUGGCAACAGCCCCAGGCUUCGCCUGGUGGGUGGUUUAAGCAAGUGCGCCGGGAGGGUUGAGGUGUUUUAUAACAACGAGUGGGGGACGGUCUGCGACGACAACUGGGACCUGCGUGAUGCGAUGGUGGUCUGCCGGCAGCUGGGCUGCGGGGUGGCCAUCUCGGCCCCCAGCUCGGCUCGGUUUGGGUGGGGAGCUGGCCCCAUCUGGCUGGACGACGUGAGCUGCACGGGGCAGGAAACCAGCUUGGACAACUGUCAAGCCAAGACGCGGGGCAUCCACAACUGCCACCACGGGGAGGACGCUGGCGUGGUGUGCGCAGGCAACUCCAGCUCAUCCUACGUGCGGCUGGUGGACGGGCCACAUCAUUGCACCGGGAGGGUGGAGGUGCUCAACGCCGGGCAGUGGGGGACGGUCUGCGAUGAUGGCUGGGACCUGAACGAUGCAGCGGUGGUGUGCAGGCAGGUGGGCUGCGGCAGAGCUGAGGCAGCCCCCGGUCGGGCUUACUUCGGGCAGGGGACGGGGCGCAUCUGGUUGGAUGACGUGACCUGCACCGGGAGCGAGGACGCCCUCGCCCAGUGUCGAGCGCGUCCCUGGGGCCAGACUAACUGCCACCACGGAGAAGAUGCCGGCGUGAUGUGCUCAGGUAGCAUAACCAAAACAUUGACUGUCCGGCUCGUGGACGGCCCGCAUCACUGCGCCGGGAGAGUGGAGGUCUUUCACAACCAGCAAUGGGGGACGGUCUGCGAUGACGGUUGGGACCUGAGUGACGCGGCAGUGGUCUGCCGGCAGCUGGGCUGCGGGACGGCCACCGCGGCCCCAACAGGGGCUUCUUUCGGGAGGGGGCUGGAUCCCAUCUGGCUGGACAGGGUCGCCUGCGUCGGGGGGGAGAACACCCUCGUGGAUUGUCAGGCCAGGCCCUGGGGAAUCAACAGCUGCACCCACGAAGAGGAUGCCGGCGUGAUCUGCUCAGAUGAGGUCAGGGCAGAGGUCCGUCUGGCAGGACCAAACCGCUGCGCUGGGAGGGUGGAGGUGCUCUACGCCGGGCAGUGGGGGACGGUCUGCGAUGACGGCUGGAACCUGAACAACGCGGCGGUGGUGUGCAGGCAGGUGGGCUGCGGCAGAGCUGAGGCAGCCCCCGGUCGGGCUCGCUUCGGGCAGGGGACAGGGCACAUCUGGCUGGAUGAUGUGACCUGCACCGGGAGCGAGGAUGCCCUCACCCAUUGCCGAGCCCAUCCUUGGGGGCAAAGUAACUGCCACCACGGAGAAGAUGCCGGUGUGGUGUGCUCAGAUGCCAACUUCACAGAGGUGCAAGUCCGCUUGGCCAACGGCCCAAACCGCUGCGCUGGAAGAGUCGAGGUGUUUCACGAACACCAGUGGGGGACCAUCUGCGACGACAGCUGGGAUUUGAAGGAUGCCAAGGUGGUCUGCCGGCAGCUGGGCUGCGGGACAGCCGUGUCAGUCCCAGACCAAGCUCACUUCGGGCAUGGGUUGGACCCCAUCUGGCUGGACAACGUGGAGUGCACUGGCAUGGAGACCACCUUCUCCCAGUGUGGCCUUAGCAACUGGGGACUCCAUAACUGCAACCACGAUGAAGACGCGGGAGUCGUGUGCUCAGGCACAAACCCCUUGCAGGUACGGCUGCAGGACCACUCCGGUCCCUGCGCGGGACGGGUGGAGGUGCUUUACAACGCUACCUGGCAUGGGGUGUGCAGCACUGGCUGGAGCCUGCUGGAAGCCGAGGUGGUCUGCAGGCAGCUGGGCUGCGGGCCAGCCUUGUCGGUGCCCGUCGGAGCCCGGCAAAGCCAGGGGGACGGCCAUGCCUUGCUGGAGGGGCUGAGCUGCCGGGGGACUGAGUCGCUGCUCCUGGAGUGCCAGCAGAGAGAGACAGGGCUGGGGCCGUGCAGGCAGGGCUCGGCAGCUGGCGUAGUGUGCACAAAGCCGAAGGGUGCUUCACCAUCCUGCUCGGUGCUGAUAGCACUGCUGGCCCUGGUGAUGCUGCUGAGCGGGGUCCUGCUGUGGCUCAACCUGAAGAGGAGGUGCAUGGCAGCAGCCGACGCUGGAGCCCGUCAGCACCCCAGAGACCAGAGCACUUCGGCAACGUCCUUCCAGCCCAUGGGGACCAUCUACCUCCCCACCAAGGCAGAAGCCUCCGAGGACCCUGACACUGAGACAACGCAGCUCAUGACAGAAGACACUGCCCCAUGA